CCUGGUGCCUCUAUUCCUUGUCCAGAGUUUCACUUACCUAUCUCUGUCUCCUCCAUUAUCUUUAUCCAUUUUAUUAUUAUAUUAUUAUUAUUUUUCAUUUCAAGUCACACAAACCAAUUGAUGCUUCAUUAAAAUUCUCUUCAAAUACCAGUAAAAGGAAAAUCUUAAUGAAAAGUAAUUCCUUUUCAUUAAUUUUGAUGUUUUAAUGUUUUUAUCAAUUAAUUGCAGAUUCUUUCACCCCCUUCAAUUUUGUUGUUUUUGCUCAACAUUUUUUACCUUGUCAUGAUUUUGAACAUAUUAACUAUUCAUAUUUUUAAUAUUUGAGUGCUUUUUCUAUUUUCGGAUGUAUGAUGGGGUGCACAGGGAGGAAACUGCGAGGAAACUUCCACAUUUAAAUUUUUAAUAUCGAAAGAGAGGAAACGUCGCUGUUUUCUCACAUGGCAUUUGGGUUUUUUUUGGGCUAUUCGUCAUUGGAGAUAUGUAGAAAAGGAUUGGUGUUUCUGCGAUGGCUCAUUCAUCACGAGAGGGAGAUUAACGUCACUUGAUCGCAUUUUUUGAUUCUCUAGUAAUUGCUUCUUUGGGGUAAGGCCAGGUUGUUUUCUGGUGGGAAAACGAGGGAAUUCAUGGUUCUCAAUUCUGUAUGUUAUCGUGGCCUAAAGAACUUGUCUGAAGAGAAAGAGGAAGAAGGCUUUUUAACUUUUUAAGAGAGAAAAACGUUUUCCUUUUUGCUGCAAUGGAGCUCGUUCCAGAAGAAGCCAAUGUGGAUGCUGAACUUCUAGAAAGAGAAACACCUGGGGGGUCACCAAUCAGAGAAGAACGCAUACACAAGACCCACUUUCCAGGAGCAGUGAAGCAAAAAGCUUAUAGAUUCGAUGGGUUGGGUAACUAUUUCACAAAGGAAUGGGAUUUAAGAGAAGGGAGUGGAAGAGAGUUUUGUUGGUACCAUGUAGAACUUCCAAAAGGAAACCAGAAACUUGCAUUAUCUGCUCAGUAUUUGAUCGAUGUUCUUUGCCCGCCAUUGAAGCUCCAGGACAUUCUCACUCUAGUUAGCAAUGGCCCAUUUUGUGGCCACGUUGAUGGGGCACUGGUUUUCAGGGUUAAUUCUCCAGGUCCGUCUGCUAGCAAAUUCACACACCGCCUUGCAGCUAGAAUCACCGAGAAUUCGGUGAUUACAGUCUCUUUGGGUCGAGUGCCAAGAUUGGGCUUUUCUCCUACCGGUCAAUCUUUACUUUCUGAGAUCCCAAUUGUGGAUAAUCCAAAUAUGAUGAUAGAUGAAGACAAGGGUGGAUCAUGUGGAAUUGUGAUUAGGGAGCAUGUGCUUGAAUUUUUGUUGACUAUGAAUCAUUCAGAGGAAGCUGAUAAUCCAGUGCCCAAGAAAGUUUCAAAUUUGAUUGUUCAUAUUGUGGAUACUCACAUGGAUCAUUUGCAGGAUAUUGUGACCACUCUAGAGAUGGAGUUGGAUUCUGUCGAGCUUGAACUCGAUAAAGGCGGUUUUGCUCUAAAGAAACAGAUGUUAGAUGAUCGAAGAUUUCCCAAAAUGCAUCUCAAUUUGCAGCGCCUCUUACAGGUAGUUGCUCAUGGUGAGCAAGUCUUCCCUCGUGUCAAAGAAAAAUGCUCCACCAAGAGUUGGUUUGCACCAGAGGACAUUGUAGCGCUUGAAGAGCUCAUUGGUCGGCUUAGAAGGCUAAAAGAAAAUGUGGGAUUCAUUGCCAAUCGCGUGACUGCAAUUCAAGCGGGGCUAGACAGUUGGCAGGCCGCACAAAUAAACCGGAAACUCUAUUAUCUUUCAUUCCUCUCCAUCAUUUUCCUCCCUUUAUCCAUAAUCACUGGCAUGUUUGGAAUGAACGUUGGGGGUGUCCCAUGGACUGAGCAAAAGAACCCUGCUCUCAAAGAUGGGUUUCGUAAUGUCCUGUUUGUAUGUGUUGCAAUGCUGCUGCUUCUAUUGCUCUGCUUCAGUACCCCGGCUCUCUAUACACGCAUUUCGGCUUGGAGGAGACGGAGAACAUUGAGGAGGAGCUUCUCCUUGAACAGAAAAUCCUUCUCAAGAAGAACUCUCCUCGGUGGUGGACAUCAAAAUGCAGGUUAUCUGCGCAUAUAGUUCUGCUUCAAGAUUACUCAAGGGGAUUUGCCAUUUUCAUCAUGAUUUGCGUGGUUGUGCUUUUACUUGGUCCUCCAAUUCCUAGAAGGUUUGAAUAGGCCACCUUUGAGGUCCGUCAAAUUGUUAUCUGGGGCCAUUUCAGUUUCCCAGUUGCUGACCCAUGACACAGUGGCCUUCACAAGUUUGUGGAUUGAAGAAGAGGGUGAGGCUCAUAUGAUUGGAACAGGUGAUUAGAGUUGAGUGGUGGUUUUAAAAGGCAAAUUCAUUCUUCUGGAGCUCCAAUGGCUAUUGCAUUAGUCUCUUGAUUUCGAAUUCAAGUUUACAAGCAAUGGCUGGAGGGAGUAUUUUUUCUUUUAUGUUGUUUUUAUUUUUUAUUUUUUUUGAGAUUUUUUUUGUGGGUGGGGGAGGGAUCUGUUCUGCUCCUUUUGGAUAUGUUGCAUGCCAUACAUGGCGCUGUCAAUUGGUGAUUUUUGUUUUGGAUUCAAAGCUUCCCCAUCUUCCUCAUGUUGUAUAUUGAUUCAUUAAUUUCAUUCUCAAUUAAAUGAUUGGUGAUUUUAAGA